CAUUAAUCCUACAUCACCUAGAGAAAACCACACAGCCAAAAAUUUAACAAUGGCUGCAACGCUUCAACAUUGUAGCUUCUUGUUGAUAACAACAUUUACAUGGAUGUUCAUAUUAAUCAUCGGAAAGCCACCAAUAGUAGCGGGUACAUUUCAGCCUAGUCAAUGGACCCUUGCCCAUGCCACAUUUUAUGGUGAUGAGUCUGCUUCUGCCACUAUGGGAGGAGCAUGUGGGUACGGAAAUUUGCUCAUAAACGGUUACGGGAAAGACACAGCAGCUUUGAGUUCGACAUUGUUCAACAACGGGUAUGCAUGUGGGACUUGUUAUCAGAUACGUUGUGUUCAAUCGAGUGCAUGCUAUUCCAAUGUGCCUUACACUACAGUGACUGCCACAAAUCUUUGCCCUCCUAAUUGGGCCCAGGCCUCUGAUAACGGAGGCUGGUGCAACCCACCACGUACACAUUUUGACAUGUCCAAGCCCGCUUUCAUGAAAAUUGCACAGUGGCAAGCUGGAAUCAUUCCUGUUAUGUACCGCAGAGUACCUUGCGUAAGAAGUGGGGGGAUACGAUUCUCUUUCCAAGGAAACGGGUAUUGGUUAUUGGUGUACGUGAUGAAUGUUGGAGGUGGAGGAGAUAUUGCUAACAUGUGGGUGAAGGGAAGUGGAACAGGGUGGAUUAGUAUGAGCCACAAUUGGGGAGCUUCAUACCAGGCAUUUGCAACAUUGGGUGGCCAAGCUCUUUCCUUUAAGGUUACUUCCUACACAACCAAAGAGACUAUAAUAGCAUGGAAUGUUGCUCCUACCAACUGGGGCGUAGGACUAACUUAUUCCUCCAAUGUCAACUUCAUUUAAAAAAGUACUACAUGUUCCUUUUCAUUUACUUAUUUAAAAACUCCAUGGUUAUUUUUUUAUCUGUUGCAUCUGAUGUAUUUAUUUUCCACAAAUGAAGCAAAUGGUCAUUGUCAUCAGACUUCCUCUUUUUGUUAGUUUGACAAAUUAGCUGAAAUGUACUCCCACAGUUGGCACAAUUGGAAUUUGUCAUCCAACCUUUUUUUUCCUGAAUUAUUUGUCAUUCA